AGACAGAAAAGGAUCUGACAGGGGUUCCACAGCGCUGGACCAGAGGAGAGCCAGGUAGAAGAAACCCCUGAACUUGCCCAAGGAGAAUGACCCCAGAUUGGCACAGUUCCUUGAUCCUUACGGCCUACAUCCUCAUCUUUCUUACUGGGCUCCCUGCCAACCUGCUGGCCCUGCGGGCCUUCAUGGGCCGGGUUCGCCAGCCUCAGCCUGCCCCUGUGCACAUCCUCCUGCUUAAUCUGACCCUGGCGGACUUGCUCCUGUUGCUGCUGCUACCCUUCCGGAUCGUGGAAGCAGCAUCCAACUUCCGCUGGUACCUACCAAAGAUCGUGUGCGCACUCACGGGCUUCGGCUUCUACAGCAGCAUCUACUGCAGCACGUGGCUGCUGGCGGGCAUCAGCAUGGAACGCUACCUGGGAGUGGCCUUCCCGGUGCAGUACAAGCUAUCCCGCAGGCCACUGUAUGGAGUGAUCGCUGCUCUGGUGGCCUGGAUCAUGUCUUUCGGCCACUGCACCAUCGUCAUCAUCGUUCAGUACCUGAACUCAACCGAGCAGGUGGGCACUGAGAACCAAAUAACCUGCUACGAGAACUUCACCCAAGAGCAGCUGGAUGUGGUGUUGCCCGUUCGGCUGGAGCUGUGCCUGGUCCUCUUUUUCGUUCCCAUGGCAGUCACCAUCUUCUGUUAUUGGCGCUUCGUGUGGAUCAUGCUCACGCAGCCCCACGUUGGGGCUCAGAGGCGACGCCGGGCAGUGGGCCUGGCUGUGGUGACGCUUCUUAAUUUCCUGGUGUGCUUUGGACCCUAUAACAUGUCCCACCUGGUGGGGUUCUACCUGAGGCAGAGCCCCUCGUGGCGGGUGGAGGCUGUGGUGUUCAGCUCCCUCAAUGCCAGCCUGGAUCCAUUACUGUUCUACUUCUCCUCCUCCGUGGUGCGCAGAGCUUUUGGGAAAGGUUUGCUACUGCUCCGCAAUCCUACCUCCUCUAUGCUGGGUAGGGGAGCCAAAGAGACCGUGGAGGAGACCAAGACGGACAGGGGUGGAAGUCAAGCAGAAGGGGUACAGAGUUCUGACUUUGUCACAGAGUAA